AGGAAGAGGAGGAGAAGAAAGGGAAGGAGGAGGAGAAUAAUUAAUGGGUUAAUCAAACCACCUGCACCUGAAGGUUAAACAGGGGUUAAUAAAAUGGUUUCCGACAGUUUACCGGAAACGCCCUCUCUCCUCUUACACACUGCUGAUAACGUCAUAUCCUGCAGACUUUGUCACUUCAUCGCAAUAUUAUUUCUUGCGUUAAUUAUAAAAAUGUUGCACUAUUCAGGAGGCUGCAUUUGCUCAUGUCUUACCCGGAGCCUGUGCUCUUAUCACGCGCACCUUCAGCACCUCGGACAGCGCGAGACGCGGCCGGGAAUUGUAGUCCUCUAGUCAUGUAGUCAUGCGCGCGCUUCUCAUUCACACCGGAUCAGACGACGGUAAGGACUCCAACAUCCACGAUCCUGUGCGCGGUGCGACGCGUCAGCGUGAUGGGGAGCGCGAGCGCGAGGCGUCGUAGUAACCAAGAGCACUCGGUAACUCCAAACCGGAGCCCGUAUUCCUGAACACGGCUGCGCGAAGGCUCGUGCGUAAGGCACGAGAGUUCAAUCACCAGCCGCUGCGCUGAGGUCGCUUUUUUUUUUUUUUUUUUUUUUUUUUUUAGAAGAAGGGAUUAUCCCCAGAAAACGGGUCGGGGUUUUUUUGUCAGAUGGGUUCAUGAAUGAAAUUUAAAGGCGUUUUUGUUUGUAGUUGUUGGACGGUUCGGUUGGAGCGCGCGACGAUGCGGGACGGUGGAAGGAAAAAACCAGCAUCUGGUCGGGGAGCGGCGAUCCGGAAGCUGGGCAUUAAUCGUGCUGUAGAUCUGAUGUGAAUCUGUAGGUGAAGAAUUUAAUCGCACUGUCUGAUCACGUCUGAUCUGCACCUCUAGGCUGUACACUUCCUGCUGAGUUGUGGAUCAAUCCCGACAUUUAAUCCCCACGUCAACGAGACGUUUUUCCUCUUACACUCAGAUUAGCACUACUGGAUUUCUGCUCUUUCUGAGUUAAUGCUUUAUUUCUGAUGCCAGUCUGUUUAUACUCAAUCAAAAUGCUCGAUUUGAUCCUGCUGUGAUUUCUGAAACCAAAUAUUUCCAAGACGCCGCUCCUCCGUAGGCUACACGCCCCCUACAUUUUAUAGUCCAGGCAUUAAGGAGAACAGGGACUUGUACCGGUACUCUGAUGCUUCGCGCGUGAGCCAGACGGUGGCGCUGAAGAGGGCGCAGGCAUGGCCGAUAAGACCGCACCACGCUGCCAGCUCCGGCUCGAGUGGGUUCACGGCUACCGGGGCCACCAGUGCCGCAACAACCUCUACUACACGGCGGGGAAGGAGAUCGUGUACUUCGUGGCCGGGGUCGGCGUGGUGUACAACACCCGGGAGCACACGCAGAAGUUUUACCUGGGUCACAAUGAUGACAUCAUUAGUCUUGCUCUGCACCCUGAUAAGAUCCAGGUGGCCACGGGUCAAGUCGGAAAAGAUCCGUACAUCUGUGUGUGGGACUCAUACACGCUGACCACCGUGUCCAUCCUGAGAGACGUGCACACACACGGUGUGGCCUGUUUGGCUUUUGACACUGAUGGACAGCGGUUGGUGUCUGUUGGCCUCGAUGCCAAAAACACAGUGUGUGUAUGGGACUGGAAAAAAGGGCGUGUCCUGGCCACCGCCACAGGGCAUUCUGAUAGGAUCUUCGAUAUUUCUUGGGAUCCUUUCCUGCCGCACAGGCUGGUGAGCUGCGGAGUGAAGCACAUUAAAUUCUGGACAUUAUGCGGCAAUGCAUUGACACCCAAAAGAGGGAUCUUUGGGAAGACGGGAGACCUGCAGACUAUCCUGUGUUUGGCGACGGCAAAGGAUGAGGUGACAUACUCGGGUGCAUUGAACGGAGACAUCUACGUGUGGAAGGGAUUAAACCUGGUGCGGACCGUGCAGGCAGCUCAUGGGGCCGGGAUCUUCAGCAUGCACUCGUGUGAAGAAGGUUUUGCCACUGGGGGACGCGACGGCUGCGUGAGACUCUGGGAUGUGGACUUUAAACCCAUCACCAAGAUUGACCUCAGGGAGGCUGAGCAGGGAUAUAAGGGUCUGUCUAUCCGGAGCGUAUGCUGGAAGGCUGACCGUAUCCUAGCCGGGACGCAGGACAGUGAGAUUUUUGAGGUGAUGGUGCGAGACAGGGAUAAACCUCUUCUGGUCAUGCAAGGUCACUCCGAGGGCGAGCUCUGGGCUCUGGAUCUUCAUCCCAAACAGCCGAUCGCAGUGACAGGCAGCGACGAUCGAUCCGUCCGGCUUUGGAGCCUGGCUGAUCACACCCUCAUCGCUCGCUGUAACAUGGAGGAAGCUGUUCGCAGUGUGUGCUUCAACAACGACGGCUCUCAGCUCGCUCUGGGCAUGAAGGACGGCUCGUUCACCGUGCUGAGAGUCAGGGACAUGACAGAAGUGGUCCACAUCAAGGACAGGAAGGAGGUGAUUCACGAGCUGAAGUUCUCUCCGGAUGGCUCCUACCUUGCUGUGGGGUCUAAUGAUGGCCUGGUGGACAUCUACGCCGUUGCACAGCGCUAUAAAAAAGUGGGCGAGUGCAACAAAUCCUCUUGCUUCAUCACCCAUCUGGACUGGUCUGUAGACAGCCGCUUCCUGCAGACCAACGACGGCGCAGGGGAGAGAUUGUUCUACAGGAUGCCAGCUGGAAAAUUCCUUCCUAAAGAAGAGGCCAAAGGGAUUCACUGGAUGACCUGGACCAGUGUCUUAGGUCCAGAGGUCAAUGGGAUUUGGCCCAAAUACUCCAAUGUUAACGACAUCAACUCUGUGGAUGCCAACUACAGCAACGCCGUGCUGGUGACCGGCGACGACUUCGGCCUUGUCAAGCUCUUCCGAUUCCCAUGUCUUAAAAAAGCUGCCAAAUUUAAGAAGUACAUCGGUCAUUCCGCCCAUGUCACCAACGUGCGCUGGUCACAUGACCUGCAAUGGGUGGUGAGCACGGGCGGAGCUGACCACUCUGUGUUCCAGUGGAGGUUUCUGCCUGAGGGUGUGAUGAACGGCGUGCUGGAGCCACUUCUGCAAGAGGGCUACGCCGACUCCAACAGCGGUGAGUCAGACUCAGACCUCUCUGAUGUUCCCGAGCUGGACUCGGAUAUUGAACAGGAAGCUCAGAUGAACUAUGAACGUCAGGUGUAUAAGGAGGAUCUGCCUCAGCUCAAGAAGAAACUGGUGGGCUCUCUGAAAAGGCAGAAAGCUCCGGAUGAAGGACUGCGGCUGCAGUUUGUCCAUGGAUAUAGGGGUUGCGACUGCAGGAAUAAUCUGUUCUACACGCAGGCCGGGGAGGUGGUGUAUCACGUAGCCGCUGUAGCCGUGAUCUAUAACAGACAGCAGCACAGCCAGCGCUUUUACCUCGGCCAUGAUGACGACAUCCUCAGCCUCACCGCACAUCCAGUGAAGGAUUAUGUAGCCACAGGGCAGGUGGGCCGAGACCCAGCCAUCCAUGUUUGGGACGUCCAGACACUGAAGUGUUUGUCCUUGUUGAGAGGGCAGCAUCAGAGAGGAGUGUGUGCUCUGGAGUUCACAGCGGAUGGAAAGAGCCUGGUGUCUGUAGGCAUCGAUGAAGGUCACUGCAUAGUGAUAUGGGACUGGAAGAAGGGCGAGAAACUGGCCAAGGCAAAGGGACAUAAAGACAAGAUCUUUGUGGUGAAGGGGAACCCAUUCCGUAUGGACAAGUUGGUCACAGUGGGCGUGAAGCAUAUAAAAUUCUGGCAGCACACAGGUGGCGGACUGACAUUUAGGAGAGGUAUAUUUGGCAACCUGGGCAAGCAGGAGACCAUGAUGUCAGCGUGCUACGGGCGCUCGGAGGACCUGGUAUUUUCAGGAGCCACCACGGGCGACGUUUACAUCUGGAAAGACACGACACUGAUAAAAACUCUGAAAGCUCACGACGGCCCUGUGUUUGCCAUGUGCUCACUGGACAAGGGGUUUGUAACAGGAGGGAAGGACGGGAUUGUGGAGCUUUGGGAUGAUAUGUUUGAGAGGUGUUUGAAGACCUACGCCAUCAAGAGGGCUGCGCUCUCGCCAUCAUCUAAAGGCCUGCUGCUAGAGGACAACCCCUCAAUCCGAGCCAUCACUCUGGGUCACGGUCACAUCCUGGUGGGCACCAAGAAUGGAGAGAUCCUGGAGAUCGACAAGAGUGGCCCUAUGACUCUAUUGGUUCAGGGCCAUAUGGAGGGUGAGGUUUGGGGUCUCGCCGCUCACCCCUUGCUGCCUAUAUGUGCCACUGUGAGUGAAGACAAAACACUGCGCAUCUGGGAGCUUUCUGCUAACCAUCGAAUGGUGGCAGUCCGUAAACUCAAAAAAGGUGGUAGAUGCUGUGCCUUCUCCCCGGAUGGGAAAGCCUUAGCAGUGGGUCUGAAUGACGGCAGCUUCCUGGUAGUUAAUGCGGAUACUCUGGAGGACAUGGUGACGUUUCACCACAGGAAGGAGAUCAUAUCUGACCUCAAGUUCUCUCAAGAUGCUGGAAAGUACCUAGCUGUGGCCUCCCAUGAUUCAUUUGUGGACAUCUACAAUGUAUUGACAAGUAAACGAGUGGGUAUCUGUAAAGGAGCGACCAGCUACAUCACCCACAUCGACUGGGACACUCGUGGUAAAUUGCUGCAAGUAAACACUGGUGCCAAAGAGCAGUUAUUUUUUGAAGCUCCCCGUGGACGGAGACAGAACAUCUCCACUGCUGAGUUUGAGAAGGUGGAAUGGGCCACAUGGACAUCUGUUCUAGGCGCCACAUGUGAGGGAAUCUGGCCUACACUUAGCUUUGUCAACGCCUCUUCACUUACCAAAGACAGGAAGUUGCUAGCGACGGGAGACGACUUCGGCUUCAUCAAAUUGUUUAGCUUUCCCUGUAAGGGUCAGUUUGCCAAGUUUAAAAAGUAUGUAGGCCACAGUGCCAACGUGACGAAUGUUCGGUGGUCAAAUGAUGACACUACACUGCUGUCAGUGGGCGGGGCUGACACAGCGCUGAUGAUCUGGGCAAGAGAGGGGAUUGGACCACGUGAGAGCAAAGCUGUUGACAGUGAGGAAUCCGAUGACGACGCAGAGGAAGAUGGAGGAUAUGACAGUGAUGUGGCCCGAGAAAAGAACAUGGACUACACCACGAAAAUCUACGCCGUCAGCAUCAGAGAGAUGAUGGGUGUUAAGCCACACCAACAGCAAAAGGAGAUUCUAGUGGAUGAGAGGCCGCCAGUAAGCAGAGCAGCGCCGCUACCCGAGAAACUGCUAAAGAAUAAUAUCACUAAGAAGAAGAAACUAGUGGAGGAACUGGCACUCGACCAUGUCUUUGGAUACAGAGGCUUUGACUGUCGUAACAAUCUGCACUACCUCAACGACGGAGCUGACAUCAUCUUCCACACAGCUGCUGCAGCUGUGAUCCAGAACCUCUCUGCUGGCACGCAGAGUUUUUACCUCGAGCACACAGAUGAUAUCUUGUGCCUCACCGUCAAUCAACACCCCAAAUAUCAAAACAUCAUUGCUACAGGCCAGAUCGGCUUAGCCCCCUCCAUCCAUGUGUGGGAUGCAAUGAGUAAGCAGACCCUAUCAGUGCUCCGCUGCUCCCAUGCUAAAGGAGUUGGCUAUGUCAACUUCAGUGCCACCGGCAAGCUGCUGCUGUCUCUUGGAGUAGAUCCAGAGCACACCAUCACCGUGUGGCGCUGGCAGGAAGGAACUAAAGUGAGCAGUAAGGCCGGACACUCGGAUCGCAUCUUCGUGGUGGAGUUCAGGCCAGAUUCGGACACGCAGUUUGUGUCUGUUGGGAUCAAACACAUCAAGUUUUGGAUGCUGGUUGGAGGCUCGCUGCUGUAUAAGAAGGGUGUGAUUGGAGCAGUGGAGGAGGCCAGAAUGCAGACUAUGCUGUCUGUGGCUUUCGGUGCUAAUAACCUGACCUUUACUGGCGCCAUCAACGGAGACGUGUAUGUCUGGAGGGAUCACUUUCUGGUGCGUGUGGUGGCCAAAGCUCACACUGGACCCGUCUUCACCAUGUACACCACCCUCAGAGAUGGACUUAUAGUCACCGGGGGCAAGGAGAGACCGACUAAAGAGGGCGGAGCAGUGAAGCUGUGGGAUCAGGAGAUGAAGAGAUGUCGGGCAUUUCAGCUGGAAACGGGUCUCCCUGUAGAAAGCGUCAGAUCUGUUUGCAGAGGAAAGGGGAAAAUCUUGGUGGGAACAAAGGAUGGAGAGAUCAUAGAGGUGGGAGAGAAGAACGCUGCAUCCAACACACUGAUAAAUGGACACACACAGGGGCGCAUCUGGGGUCUGGCCACACACCCCUGCAAAGAUCUCUUCAUCUCAGCCAGUGAUGAUGGAACCAUCCGUAUCUGGGAUUUAGCAGACAAGAAACUUCUGAACAAGGUGAGCUUGGGUCACCCGGCCAAGUGCACAGCGUUCAGUCCUAACGGAGAGAUGGUGUCCAUCGGCAUGGAGAAUGGAGAGUUUAUCGUCCUGCUUGUCAACUCGCUCACUGUGUGGGGCAAGAAAAGAGACCGCAGUGUGGCCAUUCAGGACAUACGAUUCAGUCCUGAUAAUCGGCUCUUGGCCGUGGGCUCUGUGGAGAGCGCUGUAGAUUUCUAUGACCUGACGCUCGGCCCCGCCCUCAACCGCAUCGGCUACUGCAAAGACAUCCCCGGCUUUGUCAUCCAGCUCGACUUCUCCGCCGACAGCAAGUUCAUAGCGGUUUCUACAGGAAGCUAUAAGCGUCAGGUGCAUGAGGUCCCUAGUGGGAAGAUAGUGACCGAGCAGGCCUUUGCUGAUAGAAUCACCUGGGCCACCUGGACCAGUGUUCUCGGUGAUGAGGUGUUGGGUGUUUGGCCACGAAAUGCUGACAAGGCUGAUGUGAACUGUGCCUGUGUGUCUCAUGCUGGACUCAACGUGGUCACCGGAGACGACUUUGGCCUCGUCAAGCUCUUUGACUUCCCUUGCUCUGAGAAAUUUGCCAAACACAAACGCUACUUUGGCCACUCGGCUCACGUGACCAACAUUCGCUUCUCCUACGAUGACAAAUACGUGAUAAGCGUUGGAGGCAACGACUGCAGUGUGUUUGUGUGGCGAUGCCUGUGAUGGGAUCUGACCAACAGCAGAGGAGAAACGUUUCCGGAGCAUCUCCUCCUCUGUACCUCUAGUAAAUAAAUGCUGCACACCUUCUAAUGCUGCAUCUGAUCAAUGAAGGUUAUGAACUUGGACUGGAACUUCAGCUGAUCUUGCUGUCGUUCUGAACCAGAAAAAAUGUUUCAUCACCAUUCUGUGUAAAAAAAUAUAUAUAUAAAUAAAGUGCAAUGUUUACGUGCUCAUGUACUUUCAUAAACAUGGAGUUAAAAAAAACAUACUAAUCAUGCCAAUAUUUAAAUAGAUAAAUGUAUUAUUUUUUGGUUGACAUUGAGUGCCUUAAACACACUGUUGCUGAGUUGCGCCCACGUACAUGAUUUAAUGAUGCAUAUCUGGUGCUAUAUGGGACAUGUUCGAUUUUAGGGCUUUGAAUGGUCUGUAAAACUUCAUCACAUUAUGCAAACUGUUCAUUUUUUUUUUACUUUAUAUUUUGUACAUUAUUGUAUCUAGUUACACUCUCUAGCUCUUCCUCUGAUGUAAUAUUUAUCCAAAAAAAAAAAGAAAAGAAAAAAUCCUCGGGACUCAGGAGCCUGUUAUGGCAUAAGCACUGUAACGGAAAAUUUGUAGAUGUUUUUCGACGUGUGCUAUUUUUGUUAAAAGAUCCGAUUUAUUUUUACGUGUGUACGUAUUAACGUAUGAAGUAUGCAACUCAAUUGGUCACUUAAAAAAAAGCAAAAAACUCCAAACUUAGUAGGAAAUUGGUGUAACGACGUUUUGUGUAUUGCGAUGCGCAGUUUGUAGCCAAUGGUGUGAUGGCAAAUGUGUCUGUUGUGUACAGAUAUCCAAAAUAAUAUCUGUAAUGUGUCUCUGUUUUUGUAUUGUAUGUCAAGAUAGAGCUAAAUGUACCUGAAAGCUAUAAAAUGCAUGAUUUUGACAUUGUGUCAUGUUCUAAUGUUAUAGAUGAGUGAAUGGUAUUAAUGGAAACAAAAAAAUAUAUUUAUUAUACAAUUAAAUGAAAAAGAUUUAUGA